AUGGCUUUUUCAAUUAUUCCCUUUCCAAAAGUUAUAACUUUUGUGCUCCAGUAUCUCUAUCCAUUACUAGGGACUGUAAAUGUAGUGCUUGGCUUUAAUAAAGAAGAUAUCCCGGUUUCUGAGCUAACCAAUUUGCUAUUUUAUUGGAUAAUAUGCGGUGUUAUUUUUAUGAUUGAAAGCAUUGCUCAAAUAUUUACUAAGAUACCAUUCUAUUAUGAUUUAAAAAUUAUGGUACUAUUAUGGCUCAUCCUUCCAAUGUUUUCUGGGUCUGGGUAUAUCUAUUAUAUGUAUGUCCACAAAUUAGUAAACGAUAGUUUUGAAAGCCACCUAUCUAAAGUUUCCCAUAAAUUACAAACCUUGAAGUCAAAUCUUUUCGAAUUUUUGAAGAGUCCUAAAUUCAGAAAAUCUUUAACUUACAAAAAUAGAAAGUUCUCCAGAAGAUAA